AUGGCUGCAGCAGACAACACAGUAGCAGGACGGCUUGCCCUGAUUACAGGUGCAUCCGGUGGAAUUGGAAGAGCCUGUGCCAUUGAACUGUGGGGAGAAGGAGCUUCUCUCGCGCUGACUUAUAACCGCAACAAAGCGGCCGUCGAUGAGCUCGUGCAGCUACUCACCAAGGAUGGCAGCCAUGCUGCCCAGAAGAUCUCAACUCACCAGGUCGACAUGGCUUCUGCCGACGGUUUGACGUCAAUGAUGGCAAAUGUUGAAGAGCAGCAUGGCCGGACGCCAGACAUUCUCAUCCCUAACGCUGGAUACGGCAAGCGUAUCCCAAUGAUCAACGACAUACCUCUUGACGAGUUCGACUAUACCUUGACAGUGAACUUGCGAUCAGCUUUUAUCCUCGCCAAGGGCUGCAUUCCCGGUAUGACAGAGAGGAAAUGGGGCCGUAUUGUCUUCAUAUCUUCCAUUUCCGGGCAGGGUGGGGGGAUCAAUGGCUGUCACUAUGCUGCCAGUAAGGCCGGCAUGACUGGGAUGAUGAAGAAUCUGGCGAGGAAACACGCAGCCGAUGGGAUCACUGUCAACGACGUGGCGCCAGCCAUGAUUGGCGACACGGGCAUGAUUCCAGAUGCCAAAUACGUUGCGGGCACUCCGGGAGACGUGAAGAACAUACCUGUUGGCAGAUUGGGAACUCCACAAGAGGUCGCGAACGUGGUGAUGAUGCUAUGCAAAACUGGCUAUAUGACAGGACAGAGCAUUCUUCUAAGUGGUGGCUUGCAAUGA